AUGCCUCUAUAUAUCUUCUUCCGUCUUUGUUGUGCCUAUAAAAAGAAAAGAGCUAAACUAACAUCUAAAAGAACCCACACAAGGAUAUACCACCUAGCUGGUAGAGAAGUAUGCUCAAAAAUGUAUAUUCAAACUUUGAGAAUAUCCUCGGCAAGAGUAGACCGGUACUUAAAAAAAGUUAGUUCAACAAAUGUCAUUAAAGAUCGCAGAGGAGAAAAGACAGCUAUCCAUCGAAAAAUGCCUGAAGAUCGUAGACAAAGAAUUAUUGACCACAUAAGCAAAUUUCCAAAGUAUAAGUCACAUUAUUGUAGAAAUCAAAGUGAACGCCUUUUUUUAAAUAGUGAUGUAACAUUAGACAAAAUGUUUAACUUGUAUAAAGAAGAACAUCAGGAUAGUGUUUCUUUUUCUUCCUAUAAACGCAUAUUUUAUGACAAUUUUAAUUUGCAAAGAAAACGACUGAAAAAGGACACAUGCAAUAAAUGCGAUAAUUUUGCAGUUAAAAUUCAAAGUUCUACAUCUGAGCAAGAGAAAAAACAGUUUGAGAGACUGAGAGAUACUCAUCAAGAUGAAGCAAAAGCGGCUAGAAAUCUCAUGAAUUCAGAUCUCCAAAAAGCUAAAAAUGAAGAAAAUGUGGAGGUAAUGGCUUUAUCGAUCCAAGAUAUCAUAUUAGAUGUUCUAGAUUUAUGCCCCUUAGGUUUAAACUGA